GCACAGCUAUACACUUUAUUAUCUUCAUGUCCAUAUCACCUUUUUAAGAAUUUACUUGAUUUUGAAACCAGGAUUUAUUUGGAUUGGGAUUGGGACACUCCGAAGAAACAGUUCAUCGAUUGAAUCAACCUUCCUAAAAACUUUCUACCAUCUCUUUGCCCUCCGCAAUACGCACAAUUGCGAGAAAACAAAUACUUUGAUCCUGCGAAAACAGAGAAUCGAAGUACUGAUCAGUUUCAUUAUCAUCAUACCAGCAGUGCCUCUAGUGUUCGUGUCGUACGAUUGCUCUGAAAUCGAUGAGACCCUUCCCGGGCCGAGAACCUCGUUAGUUGAACAUUGGAUGUACUGCCGUUCGGUUGUUCAGCGAUCUCGGUAACAGAUAAUACUCAAUUGUAGUUGACAUUAGUCUUCUAGUAGUUUAUUAGCCAUAAUUGAUUUUGACUGGAGCAAAAAAAAAUGCCGCUGCCAAUUAAGAAUGUGCUCGUUUGCGAUGCGGUUGAUAACGCGUGUGUGAAAUUGCUGCAGGAUCAUGGGAUUAAUGUGGAUUAUAAGUUGAAACUUACCAAGGCCCAGCUGGUAGAGGAAGUUAAGGGUUAUGACGCACUAAUCGUACGCUCCGAUACCAAAAUCACGGCCGAGAUUCUGGAUGCUGGCGCUGGACAGCUGAAGGCCGUUGGUCGAGCUGGAGCCGGUGUGGACAAUAUUGACAUUGAAGCUGCAACGAGGAAUAAUGUUGUUGUUCUUAACACCCCCGGGGGGAACUCAAUCGCAGCGUGCGAGCUCACGUGCUUUCUGAUUGGGGCUUUGGCUAGACCGAUUUGUUCGGCGGCUACCAGCAUGAAGGAAGGACGCUGGGAUCGUAAACUUUACUCGGGGAGCGAACUGCACGGCAAGACGCUAGCCAUCCUGGGGCUAGGUCGGAUAGGACGUGAGGUUGGCUUUCGGAUGAAAGCGUUCGGGAUGCGUGUUAUUGGAUUCGAUCCGAUCACCACCCAGGAAGAGGCCAAGGCAGCCGGCAUCGAGAAAAUGGAAUUGGAUGAUAUUUGGCCGCUGGCCGAUUACAUUACCGUUCACACGCCGCUGAUUCCGGCGACCAGGAAUCUCAUUUCGGCGACCACACUGGCAAAGUGUAGAGCGGGUGUGCGGGUGGUGAACGUGGCCCGUGGUGGGAUAGUUGAUGAAGCCGCCCUUGUGGACGCGCUGGAGAGCGGCCAAUGUGGUGGUGCUGCUGUUGACGUGUAUCCUGAGGAGCCACCGAAAUCGGACACCACCAAAAAACUCAUCAAUCAUGCGAAAGUUGUUGCAACUCCUCAUCUUGGAGCUAGCACGACUGAAGCCCAGGUGCGUGUUGCAGUGGAAGUGGCCGAGCAAUUUAUCGCCUUGACGGGGACAUCGAAGGUUUACACUGAAUACGCCGGCGUUGUCAAUCGGGAUGUUCUGAAUAAUGUAUUUUAAAUUGAA